AUGGAUCCCCUUUCUAUUGCCGCUUCUUUGGCUGGUCUCAUCACCAUAUCAACCCAGAUCGUCAAUAUCAUCCACACAGUAAACACAAAGAACAAUAAAGAGCUAGACUCGCUGUCCAGAGAGGUCCACGCUGUGAGGGGAAUCCUAUCGCAGAUUCAACAGAUUGUUCAGUUCCAGUCCGCCAAAGCCGCCAAGAACUCAGAAUGGCUUAAUGCACUCAACACUACUUUGGAUGACUGUGGUGAUACGUAUCUACAGCUGGAGAAGUCCUUGAAAGGACUGGUAUCAAGCUCAAAACUCGAAGCACUCAAGAAGAAAGUCAAGUGGACGCUCAAAGAGAAGGAGAUUCAGGACUCAUUGAGAAAGGUCGAGAGCUAUAAGCUUUCGCUGGAUUUGUUAUUGUCUGUUCAAACGAGUACUACAACGACGAAGAUUGAAGAUGUGGUGGUUCAACUUCAGAAGAAGUUACUUCUCACAUCGCCCGCCGCCCCCGCGACUCGGACACCUCUGUCGUGGAGAAAGAAGCUAGCGGGUUUCGAGGCAGACCCUGCAGACCCUGCAGACCCUGCGCCCUCGCAACUAAGCGAUUCCGAAGACGCACCGUCAGAUGCAGAGAGCUCCAGUGCCGGUGUUUCAUACAUCAUCCCAGGGCCAAAUACCACCGACUGGACUAAUCCCGGCAUUUUCGGUAUAAACCAGGACGAAGGCAAAGAUGCCCCCGAUCUCAACAGUCCAGGGCUUGUUCGCAUAUGUGAAAUAUCUGUCGGAGAGAAGAAAAUCAGCCUCUUCUGUAGCUGGGAGAGAAGUCCAGCGAACGAGAUGAUGACGCCUAUUCGGGCACAUAUUUUAUUCAAAGGCCCUACACCCGGAGAUUUAUAUUUCAUGCAGCUGGAAGAAUCAUCGACCGAGCGCUUUGUUGUCCCAGUAGGGAAAUCCAGUCUUAUUAUUGCGCAAUGCAACUUCAAGGGUGGCGUGUGUCCCCUGAGCGAGCUUGACAGACGCGAUGAUAAUGACCAGUUCCAUCUCGCACUUGAAGAAUUUGCAUUGAAAUCCAAACCAGAUUCUCAACAAGUGCUCGUAAAUUUCGACAGUGUCCAAGAUCGAGAGAAAUUCUUGGGCCAUCUCUAUGGUAUCCGAUAUCUUCAGCGCAUGGAUCUUCCAUUUGCCCUUUCCAACGAGUUCUACCAUCAUUCAUCCUAUAUGAAAAGGGUUUCAAACGUGCAAAUAGGGUACUCGGAUGGGACUGAAAAGUCAUACAUCUAUCCCUAUCUAUACCUCGAUUAUCCUAUAGAGGGUGAAUCUCUCAUGCUCGUGUGUGGAACCAAACCACAUGACGAGAAGGCGGUGGUAUUCAAGGAAAACAUCCUUGAACUCGAUAUUCAGAUAGUGGGGUCCGAAGCGGUUGUGUUUACUAACCAGGAUGGGAAAUCCAUACAUACCAUAUCAGCAACUCUCGGCUCUCUGGACGCGCUUGUUAAUUUGUAUUACCGCCUGCAAGACGCCAUAAGAGAAUGGAAAUCAAUGGGAGCGAAAGGCAUGGAUGAUUUCGAGACUAAAGCCGAAUGGCGCGUUGGGAAUCUCGAGUUCCUUAAGGAUUCUAUGGAUAUUACAUGUUCCUUUGACAAAGUUCUCGUUGUCGUUAAAUUGGACCGUUUCUUAAGACGAAUGAAGAUGGAAAUCUCGAAGAAGGAUUCACAGAAGAUAUUGGCCUCCUGUCACGUCAUGACUUCAUCUAUCCUGUUCUACAAAGAGCACCUGAAAAAAGCGUCACCAGACUUCUUUAUUGAUCCUGUCAUGCAAGCUGGUUUCUGGGACUUGACACGUGGGACUGCUACUGCCGACAAUUUCCAAGCAGGACAGGUGAGGAUUCAUGGUGCCAGGUCAGCGCAAAUAUGUUAUGAGCUGGAAGAAAUUGUUGAAAAUUGCAAAAGGGAUACCGAAGAUGCACAGAAGAAAUUCUUGAAAACGCUUGGGAGUACAUAG